ACAACGUACAACAAUCUGGGUUUGGUUUACAGUAAAAUGGGAGAGUACAAAAAGGCAAAAGAUUUUUAUGAAGGAGCGAUAGAAAUUCAAAUGAAAACAUUUGGACCUGACCAUGUUAAUAUUGCGACAAUGUACAGCAAUCUGGGUUCGGUUUACAGCGAUAUGGGAGAGUACGAAAAAGCAAAAGAUUUUUAUGAACGAGCGACGAAAAUUCAAACGAAAGCAUUUGGACCUGACUGUGUUAAUAUUGCGGCAACGUGCAACAAUCUGCGUUUGGUUUCCCGUGGUAUGGUUAAGGUCGAAAAAGCGAAAGAUUUUUUUGAACUAGCGAUGGAAAUUGUUGCAAACAAAUUAGUUGAUGAUGAUGAAAUUUUGAAUAAAGAUGAAGUUAUUGGAACUCGUUCAACUCCACAAGCUCCGCACGGUAAAGAAAACAGAAAACGAGGUCCUCUUAGUCGUCACAAAAAUGAUGAAAGCUCUAAUGAUGACAGUUCUGAAGAUGACAGUACUAGAGAUGACAGUUCUGAUGAUGACAGUACUAGAGAUGACAGUUCUAGUGAUGAUAAUUCCAUCAAUAAUAGCCCUGGUUAUGGUGCGUCAAAUGAUCUCUUCAAAUCCGAAGAUGAUCAUUCAUUUGAAAAAAUGUUUCUUGAUGAUGAAUAUGACAUUAAAGAAGAUGUGCACAUAAAGCUCAAAAGUUUGCCUGGGAUGCGGGGCGUUUAUGGAAAAGUCGGUCCAAACAAGAAACUACCAUAUUUCCAUUUGUUUAUCACAGUUGAUUACGAGAGUGUUGAUGAAGCUGUGUUGAAAGAUAAAAUCGAUGAAAUGUUUGGACCGAAUGCUUCGAGGUACUUUGAAUUUCGUCCAAAACCAUCGACAACACCAAAGCUUCAACUGCUAUCAAAGAUUGCAGUAGAAAGAAACAGUCGGAGAGUUUCAAGAGGCACAUUAACGAUGUUCUGUUACCAGAACGGGAAACAUUACGCGUUGACCUGUUGUCAUGUUUGUUACAACGGAGAUGGUGAUGACAAAAUUUAUGAAAUGCUCAAUCAAAACAAAAAUGACCCAAACGAAUUCAAAUUACAUUUGAGUACAAAUCAAUACAACUACACAUCACCUUCAGAACCCAAAAUUUCCUUAGGCCAUUUCAGUGACUAUAAAUUAGAAACCAAUAUGGACAUUUUGUCAAUAGAAGUCAAUGAAGAUUUUAAUGAAAAUUGCAGACGAAAUAGAAUACACAGACCUUCUUGGAAUGAUGUAUGGAGGGAGCUGAAUAGACGAGUUCAUGUUGAGAACGAGACAGUUGAAGUAAAAAAGUAUGAGAAGUAUAAAAUUGGGAAAAUUUGUGAUGUUUCUUAUUCCUGUAAUGAGCCUGAAAAGAAGGUCGUGUAUCAGGAUGCCGUUCUGGUGAAAAGCGAAGAACAUUUCCUUAAAAGUGGUGAGUCUGGCGUGCUAGUAUAUUUUCGGGAUGAGCAUGGAAGAAGAAUUCCCUUUGGUUAUGGUAUUGCUCGGGUUUAUCACGAAGAACUCUGCGAGCCAAGAUCAGUCGCAUAGCUUGCUGGAAAUGGAAUUGAAUUACUGUAGGUCUGCAAAUAGGAGAAAACGUAUCUUCACAAAGAAAAAGUAGACGAAUGACAGAGUUGAGCACUGCAUGAAGUAAGAACUUUAAAUGUUGGGACAAUGUAAGUAAAAGCUAGACAGUUGGUGGACAUAAUGUAAUGGGAAGAAGUAAAUAUCUUGAAGGAAAAGGUAACAAAGCUAGAAUUUUCACACGCUAUGCAUACGUAUUUAGCAUUUGAGCUCCGUAGCAAAGAUGAAAUAUUUUUUAACACAUUUAUCCUCGGGAAAAAAAAUUAAAAAGAAACGGUUACUCAAGAUGUAGUGCGGAUACAAAGUAGAACAGAUAGACUAUGAAAAAAAGGCAUACUUUUAAAUUGAAGACAAAACUUGAAAAACCUUUCUAGUGUUCAUGAAGAAAGUGAAUGAGAUUUCAAAAAAAUUCCGACUUCAUAAAUUUUAAAUGAAAUUACUCCAUACGUAUCACAACGACAAACCAAUAAAUAAUACAACAUAAA